AUUCAUGAUCAAUUGUGGAGAGGGUAUAUGUGGAUAGAUGGCUCAUUGGUAAUUUCAAUGUUGGAAGAUUGGGAAACGAUUCUAUUAUUCGCUGUGGUGAUCACCUUGUCCGGCUUAUUGUGGUAUUCGAUCAUCUUCCAUCUUCCUAAUCACGUCUUGCUCAGUAUCGAAAAGGCAUCUUAUUACAUCUUUGGAACUUCU